AUGUCGAAUCCCAGCAGCUCCGCAGAUCAUCCUCCUCACCGUUGUCUGGUUGAGCUUCUGCGCGGACUGCGCGAACAGCAGUCAAUGGGGACCUUGUGCGAUGUGGUCGUGAAGGGCUGCGAAGAAUCCGCGCUGGGCAUUCCCUGCCACCGCAACGUCCUCAGCGUGCACAGCGCCUACUUUCGGACCGUCUUCACGCAGGACUGGAAAGACUCAUCUGAGCCUGUGUUCCAGCUGCGCAACAUCGAUAGUCGCACGUUGAACCAGUUGGUCAAAUACGCCUACACCUUGAUUGUGGACCUGAACGACAACAACGUGGAGCGCAUCGUGAUUGCCGCGCAGUUCCUGCAGAUGGGUUCGCUAGAGUUGCUGUGCUGGGACUACGUCGAGCAACACAUGCGCGUGUCCAACUACCUGGCCGUUCACACUCUAGCCUCCAACCACCACCAUCCUCGUCUGGCCGCGGCAGCGCUGGAAUUAACCCUUCUCCACUUCCUGCCGGUGGCAGAGAGCCAAGAUUUUUUAGAGCUGGACGCGCAACAGCUGAUUGCACUGCUCGCAUCGGAUAACGUGGACGUCUUCAGUGAAGAUCAGGUGUUGCAAGCGGUGCUGCGCUGGUUAGAUCACGACCGUUCGGAACGCUUGGAUGACGCAGCCGCCAUCUUGCAGACGAUCCGUGUGGCCUUCCUGAGCGAGCAGUGUCGACAGGAUUACUCGAUGAUCCUCACCAGCGCACUGAAGGUUUCGCCACCCUGCCCGAGUCAGACAACCGGUGAGACGACGCCGAAUACCAGCCCCCGGGCUUCUUACGGAGCGCGGGAAGUGAUCCUGUGCCUGGGCGGCACCUGUCAGGAUCCGGUCGGCAGCGAGGAAGCGUCCGUGGACGUCUUCUGCCCGUCGAUCCCGGCCGUGUGGCGCGUGAUGGAUCUGCGAAUACUCGUGGAGUGCUGCUCGGCGGCGCUGCUGGAUCCCGGUUGCAUCCUGAUCAACAGCAUGCACUGCGUCGGCCGCGUGCGGCGCAACAGCCGCUACACGGGCUUGCGCCACGAAUGGCGCGAGACGGCCCAAGUCUCGACACUACGCCAGGCCGGAGCGCUGGCGUCCCUGAAUGGGCGCGUCUACGCGGCCGGCGGUUUUGAUCCGUAUGGUGUGGAAGGAUCGGAAGCAGCCCUGUCCUCCGUGGAGACGUACGAUCCCGUGAGCGACUCCUGGAGCGCCGUCGCCGCGCUGCCCGUUGGAUUGAGCGACUUGGCGAUGGUGGCCUGUGAGGGUCGACUGUACGCUUUCGGCGGGUACAACGCGGCGGGGGUGUCCAACGCUGUGUUCUCCUACGAUCCCGCAGCGAAUGCCUGGAGCCGACUGGCCGACAUGCCCACUGGACGCAGUGGUUGUCGUGCCUGUGUGGCGCCCAGCGGUUUGAUUUAUGUUACCGGUGGCGAAACGGGGGAUGCGGCACUGCGUGUGCACGUGGAAGCGUACGAUCGUGUUACCGAUCGGUGGCACAAGAAAGGAGAUAUGCUGGAGGAACGCACGGAUCACGAAUGUGUCUGCGUGGGUGGGAGGCUGUACGUCAUGGGAGGGUUCGUUGCUGCAGGGAUGUACCAGGACAGCAUCGAGGUGUACGAUGAAGCGACGGAUAGCUGGGCGCUGCACGAAUGCCGUUUGCCGCAGGCCAAGUCGAUGUUUGGCUGCGUGGUGAUGAAACUCAAACGGGAGUGA